GCGCGGGGGCGCGCGCCGGCCUGACGGACGGACGGACGGACAGACGGACACAGCAGCCGAGGCGAGCACGCAGCUCGGACCCGCCCGGACGCAGCGCUCGCCCGGCGGCCGCGGCGAUCACCGGCGCUGGUCCGGCGGCCGCGGCGCCCGCCCUCGCCCGCGCCCCAUGGGGUCACAGAGUCCGUAGAGGAGGCCACCCGGGGACCCGCAGAUGAGCAACCGGAAGGAAGAUAUGGAAAUCGCCUCCCACUACCGCCAGCUGCUCCGAGAGCUCGACGAGCAGCGGCAGCACGGCGUCCUGUGCGACGCGUGCGUGGUGGUGGAGGGCAAGGUCUUCCGGGCCCACAAGAACGUCCUGCUCGGCAGCAGCCGCUACUUCAAGACGCUCUACUGCCAGGUGCAGAAGCCGUCCGACCAGGCCACGGUCACGCACCUGGACAUCGUCACGGCGCAGGGCUUCAAGGCCAUCAUCGACUUCAUGUACUCCGCGCACCUGGCCCUGACCAGCAGGAACGUCAUCGAGGUGAUGUCGGCGGCCAGCUUCCUGCAGAUGACCGACAUCGUGCAGGCCUGCCACGACUUCAUCAAGGCCGCGCUGGACAUCAGCAUCAAGCCGGACGCCUCGGACGAGCUCGCGGAGUUCGAGGUCGGCGCCCCGCCGGGCGGCGGCGCAGACGCGCUCAUCUCGGCCGUGAUGGCCGGCAGGAGCAUCUCCCCCUGGCUGGCCCGGCGCACAAGUCCCGCCAAUUCUUCCGGGGACUCGGCCAUCGCCAGCUGCCACGAGGGCGGGAGCAGCUACGGGAAGGAGGACCAGGAGCCCAAGGCCGACGGCCCCGACGACCUCCCCUCGCAGCCGCUGUGGCCCGGCGACGCAGCCUACGGGCCCCUCCGCAUCAAGGAGGAGCAGCUCUCGCCGGCCCACUACGGGGCGGGCGAGCCGCCUGCCGCCCGGGACGGCGCGACGCCGAGCUUCGCGGAGCAGGCCGCGGGGGACAGCUGGCCGCCCGCGGGCCGGCGGAAGAACCGCAAGAACAAGGAGACGGUCCGGCACAUCACGCCGCAGGUGGAGGACGACAGCCGGGCCGGCUCCCCCGCGCCGUCUUUCCUGCCCGCGGCCGCCUGGCCGUUCGGCAGCCGAGACUCAAACGCGGACCUGACCGUUGCGGAAGCCGGCAGCUCGGACAGCCGUGGGGAGAGGCCUGAGCUCUUCGCACACAUGGACGAGGGUCUUCUGGGAGGAGAAGCCAGCUACCUGGGCCCGCCCCUCACCCCCGAGAAGGACGACGUGCUGCCCCAGGCCACCGCGGUGGCCAACCUGCGGGCAGCCCUCCGGAGUAAGAACAGCCUGCUGUCCCUCAAGGCCGACGUGCUCGGGGAGGACAGCUCCCUGCUGCUGGAGUACCUGCCCCAGGGCACCCACUCCCUGUCCCUGAACGAGUUCACGGUGAUCAGGAAGAAGUUCCGCUGCCCGUACUGCAGCUUCUCGGCCAUGCACCAGUGCAUCCUCAAGAGGCACAUGCGCUCCCACACGGGCGAGCGGCCCUACCCCUGCGAGAUCUGCGGCAAGAAGUUCACGCGGCGCGAGCACAUGAAGCGGCACACGCUGGUCCACAGCAAGGACAAGAAGUACGUGUGCAAACUGUGCAGCCGUGUGUUCAUGUCGGCCGCCAGCGUGGGCAUCAAGCACGGCUCGCGGCGCCACGGUGUGUGUGCCGACUGUGCCGGCGGCGGCGGGGCCGGGCCCCUGGACGGUGGCGGCACCGAGGGCUCCCCCGAGCUUUUCGCGGGCGACGGGCCGUACCUGGAGGACCCCGAGGACCCGCGUGGCGAGGGCGAGGAGGAGCUGGGCGAGGAGGAGGACGAUGUGGGCCUGGCCCACGAGGACGCGCUGCUGGGGGACGACAAGGAGGAUGAGGACUCGCCCCGGGGGCCACGCAGCCCGGCCGGGGGCCACGACAAGGACUUCGCCUGGAUCUCCUAGGCCGCGCCUCCCCCUUGGCCCCCCCACCCCGCCCGUGUGCGCCCGGGACUCCCUCACCUGCUCCCGCCCCCAGGCACACCCCCGGCCCGGCCCCUGAGCAGGUGCCUCCCCAGCAGGCGGGGCCCGGGGACAGGAGGCGGCGGGGGGCGCAGGGGGGGGUUAAAGGAGGGAGAGCCCGCGGCUCCUCCCCCGGCAGGCGGCCACGGCCGGGACAGCACUGGCCGGGGUCCCAGCGUGGUGCAGGCCUGGCAGCUCCUAGGGGAACGUUGCAGAUGCCUGGGCCGCCCCCCACCCUCCUCCCCGCUCCCAGCAGCCAGGUCGCUGCCCGCGGCCGCUGCGUCCCUGCCCUUGCUGGCUCCGCCACCCCGUCCGGCCUGCAGAACCCAGGCCCAGCGUCCAGAAAGCCCGCGGCCCUCCUGCCUCUGGGCUUUGGUGCUUAACACAAAGCAGCUGCGCCCCGCGGCCCAGGGCUCCCCGGUGCUACCUGUUCUCGCGGAGGCAGCUGCGGCCCAGGUGCUCCCACCGCAGGGGCCUCCAAUUUGUUCUGUGUGCACUUCCCGGAGGGCCUGGCCGGCCUCCCGGCUCCGCGCCCAGGCCGCUCCCGCUGGCCCUCCCGGGCAGCCUGCCUUCGUUGCUGCUAACUCCGGAGGGGGGUGCCCGACGCCUUUGCUGCUCACACCUCCCGUGUGGGUAACCGGCCUCCCGGGUGGUCGGGGACGUCGGGUCGUGAGUAGCCGAGGGGACGAGGUCGGCACCUGUGCUGGGUUCGCUCGGGGUCGUCUUCUCACCUGAUGAACGUGCAGAGCUGUCUCUCCUUUGGCUCGUUCCCAAGUCCUCCUGCCGCCUUUUAAACGAGCCCACGACCUGUUCUCUCUUUUUUCCGCAAAGCCGGGGCCCUGCCUCUCACGGCGAGGCCGCGGCGGGCCGGCCACAGCCUGUCUCCCUUUCAGGCUGCGUCUCGCAAGGCUCGUGACACUGACAUUCCGUCCCCCUCCACCCACUCGCUCAGGAGCUCUCGAGGGACAGCCCGCCGGGCCCCUCGGGUGCUGGGCUGGAGCCCGACGAGGCGCUGGCUUUCUCCCCACGGCCUGCGAGCCCCGUGGCUUUACCGCGUCCCUCCCGGCACACCCGCUCUUUCUGGGGGGACGAAGCCAAGUCCCGCGGCGCCACGCGCGGCCCCCGGCGGCUGCUGGGCUGGGAGACAGGGCGGCCGUGCGCACGCGGAUGGGUGCUGUCCUCGAAGCCCCGACCCGGGCGGACGUCACAGCUUCGUUUUUGCUUUCGACACCAUCAGCCACGUUCCCACCGGUUGGAACGGGGCUGCUGAGCGUCCUUGGCCGAGGCUGCUGCAAAAUCUUCCUCAAAGCUGGUGUCUUCGACGGGCCGGCCCUGGGGCGAGCCCGCGCCGGGGGCUCCGGGCCCCGCGCCCCCUUCUGCCUUCCGCAGCGGGGCCCGGCUGAGCCCCUCGGCAGGGUUCUCCGCUGCGAACGUCCCCCACUUUCGAACCCUUUUAUAAGCAGACUUCCUUUCUUAGAAAACGCAUUUGGGAACCAGACCUUUGCUACCGAGCGUCUCUGGGUUUUGUACGGGGCCCCCCUCUCAGGCCGCCCGCCCGGGUCUCGGGCCACCUCUGUGCCACACUCAGGACUCCCGCUCUCUGACCGCUCGCUCCCUGCUCUGGGGCCCUUGCCAGCCUUUCUGGGGCCGUCAGCGCCCCUGGGCAGCUUCUUCCUCCAAGAGUACUUCACUGGGAAACGAGGGGCCCAGCGCCCAGCGCCCACUCCUCUGGCGAGCAGGUGACGCGCGGGCUCAGCCUCAGAGACCGAGGCGGACACCUCGCCUCCCAAGAGGGAAAGACGCGUGAUGAAGGGUUUUUUUUUACGUGAUCUUUUUUUUCCAAAUCACUGUUUAAACUAAUAAAUAUUUUUUUAUGAAGAGGAAAAGCGUGUAGAUGACAUCUCACAUUUUGUACCUUUUCGUCUGUGUGCGUCUGUUCGGUGUUUGCGGCGCCAGUGCGGAAGGCGCUCCGUCGGUCCUGCGGGCGGCCGUCGGGCGGGGUGGGGGCGGGGCAGGGACCCGAGGUUUUGUAUCAAGCUCUGGAUCCUGAGCCGGCUGUAUGUUUGGACUCUGGGUUUGGGAACCGUCACGACACUGCCAGGACUCGAUAGGGACCUCGACUCAAAGGACACAGCUACUGCUUCCAACUUUGCACAUCUUCCUUUUUAAGAGAACUCUGAGAAAAAUGCAAAAACUGGAACUUUUUGCAAUAUUAUAUGAAAGAUAAUCUUAUUUUCGCUCAUUCUGUGACAUGUGCACCUCUUAAGAAAGCCAUACUUAAUGGUGUUUUUAUUUUUUAGAUUCUAUGCUGUGUUUUGUACGCGGCCCUUUUUAGAGCUACUCGUCGUGAGGGCGCUGUGUGUGCUUUUCUUAAAUAUUUAUUUUUUCAACAUGCUUUCAACCUGUCAACGACAACAAAACAGACAAAAAAGGGCAGUGUUUGAAGAUUGUUGAGUUUUUCUGGGGAUAAUCUAUAUUAUAUUGACUUUAUAUUGAUGAUGAUAAACCUGUGUUUGUAUUGGAGAUGUGUUUAAUAUUCAGGGGAGUUUUCCGUCAUUGGUCCGUGGGACGUCACGGCUGGCGCCCGCUUCCCUACAGCCAUCGGCAGGUGAACAGCCCCUUCCCCCGAGUGGUCUGGAGAUUUCUUGUCCGCCUGGGCGCACUCUGGGCCUGCCUGUGGGUCUCCUCUCUGUGACGGGCUUAGUUAGACUCUUGCAAAACGAUCAUUUUCAAUAAACUGGGAAAUCGCUGCUUGA